AUGCCUAAAAGACAGACGCAAGAGAAUCUACAACGAGUAAUUAUGGAUGAGAUCAAGGUUUUUGGGAUUGAAUAUUCGCAAAUUGUGGAUAUCACCAGCGACAAUGGUCAAAAUAUAUUGGCCGCAGUUCGAUACAUGAAACGACUGUUGGGAGAUACCCUAGAGGGCUCCCUCGGUAGUAUUCUUCGCAAAGAAUAUUCACUUGUUGCGAACUCUUGUGAUUCGGAGAAUAUCGAAACACCGGAACUGACUGAAACCUUUGUUAGAGAUGAGGAAGACAUUUUAGAAUGCGAAUUACAGAUGGUACCUGAAAAUGACGACUUCGUUGAAGAUUUAUCUCGAACCGAAUACGACGAUGAACUGUUUGAAGAUGGCGAAGAUGAUAAGAUGAUAAACAUCGACAUCCUGGAAAGUGUAAGAUGUGGAGCCCAUACAGCUCAAUUGGCUGUAUGGGACGUCUUGCGAGAGUACAAAACUCGCCUCUCGAACAUCAACAAAAAAUGCCUCAGAAUGCACAAGAAAGCCAAUCGCCAAAUGUUCAUGUUCCAUAAAACUGCUCUACCACCGAAGGUUUGUGAAACAAGGUGGAAUAUAUGGUACAUAUUACUGCGAUACCUCAAGGAACUAGAAGGUACACCAUUUUUGGCGCUUCUUCAAACCAAUGAUCCGGAUAUUGAUUUCUCUCGGCAAUGGUCUUUCAUAAAUAAGUUUUGUGAUGCCUUUGAGCCGUUGUUCUACCUAACAUUGAGAUCGCAGAAAGAUCAUGUGCCAGUAUCGCAAUUCUACGCAGAUUGGCUACUGUGCCAAGCACAGUUGAACGCAGUCAAUCAAUCGCAAAACAAUGUCUUAGCCAGAAAAUUGCUCGUUGCUAUGGACAAACGAUCGAAGAUACUACGUACCAGCAUGCCUUUUAAAGCAUGUUUAUACAUUGACCCUAGAUUCAAUUUCCUUGGGUCGAAUCGUCUCAGUGCCGAUGAAAAAAUCGAAAUACAGAAAUACCUCAUGUCGUUCAAUAUUCGACUGAACGACCUUGCAGGCCUAAAUGAAGAAAAAUGCAGUGACCGGAAUGAUGAAAAGAUUUCUGAUGACUUCGUUGAGGAGUAUCUCACGAACUUAUUUCCUUAUUUCAGGAAGAAACUGUCACUCUGA